CAAUGUACCAAUGCACACAACACAAAUUUGGAUGGAAAUAAUUUAAUAAUGGAGGAUGCAAAGGCUUCUUUAAUAAGUUUAGAGGAUGAAACAACCGACGAAGAUGAACCAGUUGUGACGAAAGUCACAAAAAAAAGUCUACCCACGCCAAAAACUAUCUUGACAGAUGUGAUAAAUAAUGAUUCUCCAACUAGUACAGGUGUCGGCGUAGGUAACAAUAAUUUGGGGACUUUGACUAGCGGCAUAGACAACGACGACGACGUACCCGCGUUGCUAGAUCACACGCCCUCAUAUUCAGGAAAUGCCAUCAAUGGAAAUUUGCCAGGCAACGAUCGCGAUAACGCUGAUUCGGAGCCUAUUUUCCGUGUAAGGUCCCGAACGGCAGCAUCAUCGACUCCAAACUAUGAGAGCUUGGACUAUGAAGUUUGCGAAAAUACGCUUUUUCAAGAGGAACAAAGAAAGAGCCUUACAGAGCGGUUCUCACUGCGGAAGGAUAUCAUACGAUGGAUCAUAUUCAUACAAAUUGGCAUCAUCACAGCGCUUAUUGCCUGCACCAUAGACAUUAUCAUCGAAGAACUCUCCGAAUUGAAGUACUUGUUCCUCAUGAACUCCGUCGAAAGCAAUGUACCAAAGAGCGACAUUACGGGCGGCGAUUUGGUUGUGCCAUUCCUCUACUGGAUCUUACUCAGCGUCCUGCCCGUGGCCUUUGGAGCUGCCAUGGUUACCUACAUCGAACCCAUAACGGCGGGCAGUGGCAUUCCGCAGGUGAAGAGCUACCUGAACGGUGUGAAAAUACCGCGGAUUGUGCGGAUCAAGACCCUGGCUGUGAAAGCAAUUGGAGUGAUCACCUCGGUGGUAGGCGGCUUGGCUGGUGGCAAGGAGGGUCCAAUGAUACACGCCGGCGCUGUGGUAGCAGCUGGCAUAUCGCAGGGAAAAAGUACAACAUUUGUAAAGGAUUUCCGUGUGUUUAAGGCCUUUAGGGAUGACCACGAGAAGCGGGACUUUGUCCUGGGAGGAGGUGCUGCUGGAGUUUCUGCUGCUUUUGGCGCCCCCAUUGGCGGUAUGCUGUUCUCGUUGGAAGAAGCCGCCAGCUUCUGGAACCAAAAUCUCAUCUGGCGCACUCUCGUUGCCUCAAUCAUUAGCGUAUUUACCCUGAACAUUGUCCUAUCCACAUAUCACGGCCUGAACGAUUUCACCUUCACCGGCCUCUUCAAUUUGGGCAAAUUCGAUCAGCCCCUGAAAUUUGACUAUUUUGAGUUGCCGAUCUUCAUGCUGCUGGGCGUAACCGGCGGCCUACUAGGGGCCGCCUGGAAUUCGCUGAACACGAAAAUCAAUGGAUUUAGGAAACGUUACAUUCCCUGGAAGUUUGGCAAGGUGUGCGAAGCCGUUGUGGUGGCCAUGCUGGGCGUUACACUGGCAUGCAUGAUGAUCUACUUUAUCAAUGAUUGUCGUCCGCUGGGCAACGAUCCGACCAUCCAUCCUGUUCAGCUUUUCUGUGAAGACAAUGAAUACAAUGCUGUGGCCGCACUCUGGUUUCAAACGCCCGAGGCCACAGUCCGAUCUCUGUUCCAUGAUCCACCAGGAUCCCACAAAAUUCUCACUCUGGCCAUGUUCGCGCUUGUGUACUAUGUGCUGUCGUGUGCCACCUUUGGUCUCAACGUCUCCCUUGGCGUCUUCAUACCAACAGCUUUAGUAGGCGCCGCCUGGGGACGUCUCUUGGCCAUGGUCACAUUCUAUUUAUUCCCUGAAACAGAAUUUUUGCAUCCCGGAAAAUAUGCUUUGAUCGGAGCUGCCGCCAAUCUGGGUGGAGUUCUACGCAUGACCAUCAGCUUGUCGGUUAUUUUGAUGGAAACAACUGGCGUGGAGACUUCAUUCUUUUUCCCCCUGAUCAUAGCGCUCAUCAGUGCUAAGUGGGUUGGCGACUACUUCAACGAGGGCAUCUACGACACCCAAAUCGAAGUGAAUCACGUACCCAUGCUGCCUUGGGAGCCCCUGCCCCAAUAUAAAGGCCUGAGAGCACGAGAAAUAUUGAGCAGUCCUGUGGUGUGCAUCAAGCUGCGUGACAGCGCUCACUAUAUCUACAAUGUGCUGAAAAAAUGCGAUCACAAUGGUUUCCCUGUGGUGGAUGACGUCAAGGGUGUUCGUCGCUCUGAGGGUCGUGUCUGCGGCAUUGUUUUGCGCUCGCAGCUAAUUGUCAUCUUGUUAAAGUCUUUGUAUGUGGAGAACAGUCAUUUCUGGCUGCCAAAUACUACAAUACAAACGUUUCGAGAUGUAUAUCCGCGAUAUCCAUCCAUAAAGAGCGUGAGAAAACUGGAUGAUAAAAUUAACUACACAGUGGACCUGGCCAUGUUCAUGAAUCCAUCACCAGUGCGCGUUAAUGCGCACGACUCUGUGCCCAGGAUCUUUCAAAUUUUUCGCGCCUUGGGGCUGCGCCACAUGCUGGUUAUCAACAACGAGAAUCGCAUUGCUGGCAUUAUAACGCGUCGGGACUUCAUUUACAAGUGAUGUGUGGAGAAUGCAUUUGUAUAUAAUACAAUGCUUUUAUCAGUGUGUAUCGAAUACUGUACUGUGCGCGUUCAUUUUAACUAUUUCCAAUAAACAUUUGUACUACUUCGUAAACGCU